AUGGAGGAGCCGCCGCCGCAGUACAAGUUCGGGCCGUACAAGAUCGACGCGAGGGAGGUCCUCCACGCCACGCCCCUCUCCUACGCCAUGGUCAACCUCCGCCCCCUCCUCCCUGGUCAUGUCCUCGUGUGCCCCAAACGCGAGGUGAAACGAUUUGCUGAUCUAAGUUCUGAUGAGACUAGUGAUUUGUGGGUAACUGCAAAAGAAGUUGGUGCAAAGCUCGAGCAGUACCACGAAGCUUCUUCCAUCACAUUCGCAAUUCAGGAUGGUCCUCAGGCUGGCCAAACAGUUGCCCAUGUCCACAUCCACGUCAUCCCCAGGAAGAAAGGAGAUUUUGAGAAAAACGAUGAAAUAUAUGAUGCGAUUGACGUGAAAGAGAAGGAAAUGAAGGAGAAGCUUGACCUGGACGUUGAAAGAAAAGAUAGAAGCAUGGAAGAAAUGGCUCAUGAGGCCACCGAGUACCGCGCUCUUUUCUCCUAG